UUCGCGUGUGUGUCCGCUGCGCUCGGUCACCUCGCGCCACCGCUUCAGCCAGAGCAGUAAUCACAUUAGCGCGACAUUUUCCAGCGUUUAUAAUCCCCCAUAAUCCAACAGCAGCGGCCCAGGCGACCCGCAAUUAGCGCUGAUUGGACGGAAGCAGGCAGAGCGCGAGCCGUUACUGUUGGUGUGCACUACGGCGCGGCGUGGCGCGUGUGUGUAGCCCGCGCGCCCUGCACGUCCACGUCCAGGAAGGCGAUGCUGUACGGGCUGCUCUUGCCUCUCGCGGCGCUGCUGCUGCUGCGCGCAGACGCCAGGCGCGUGGACACGGCGGUUUCUAUAAGCAGCAACAACAACAACAACAACAACGCGAACCCACUGGACUCGGACAAGUGGAUGAGCGGCGCGUCCCACUACGACAAGGAGAAGUACUGGAACAGGUUCAGAGACGAGGUUGAGGAUGAUUACUUCAGGACCUGGGGCCCCAACAAAGCACAAGGUAAAGAGUCAGACAAUCAUCCCAGAAGACAUGGAGAACUAAGCUCUAAACCACACCCGGCACAGCCUAAAUGGAGGAGCGAGGAUGGUUUGGACAUCACUAAAGACCCCUGCAUGAAGGUGCACUGUCCUCCUCACAAAGUGUGUGUGAGUCACGACCUCCAGACAGCAAUCUGCACCAAUCACAAACCCCCACAGCACAGUGUUAAGCCAAGGAAAGGUAGUCUUCCCCAUAAGCACUGGGUUGGAGCAAUGACUCACGGGAAAUGUAGGCCAUGUCCUGUUGUUCAUCCUAACCCAGUCUGCGGCUCAGAUGGACAUACAUAUGCCACAAAAUGUAAACUGGAGUUCCAGGCAUGCAUUUCAAAAAAGAGCAUCUCAGCCAAAUGUGAGGGACCGUGCCCCUGCCUGCCUGGACAGGACGUCAUCAAACCCCAUAGCGAAAAGAAUGCCUGCAGCGAUACUGAUCUGAGGAGUUUGGCCUCCAGACUGAAGGACUGGUUUGGUGUGCUACACUUGGACGCCAACAGAGAUCUGAAGACUUCUGCCAAUGACAACGCUCAAGGACGUUUUGACACCAGCAUCCUGCCCAUCUGUAAAGACUCUCUUGGUUGGAUGUUCAACAAGCUGGACAUGAAUUAUGACCUCUUGCUUGACCAAUCAGAGCUCAGCGCCAUCUACCUGGACAAAUAUGAGCUGUGCAUGCGACCGCUCUUCAACUCCUGCGAUUCCUUUAAAGAUGGAAAACUCUCCAACAACGAGUGGUGUUACUGUUUUCAGAAACCAGAGGGUCUGCCGUGUCAGAAUGAAAUGAACAGGAUUCAUGCUCAAAGCCGACGGAAGGCUCUCAUAGGAGCAUAUAUCCCCCGCUGUACAGAAGAUGGCUACUUUAAGGCUACACAGUGUCAUGGCAGCACGGGGCAGUGCUGGUGCGUUGACAAAUAUGGCAAUGAGAUUGCAGGGUCCAGAAAACAAGGCAACCCCAUCUGUGAAGAGGAUCAAGAGACUUCAGGGGAUUUUGGAAGUGGAGGAGCUGUGAUUCUCCUCGAUGACCAAGAGGAAGAGGAGGCGGAGCCUCAGCAGCAUGGCCGGCGCAGACAGAAGGAGAAACGUGCCCGGCUCCGCCCCCGCGGGGCCAUCGAGGAUGACGAAGAUGAAGAGGAUGACAAAGAGGAUGAAAUGGGUUACGUCUGGUAGCUCCACCCCCUCAUCUUCUGCUGGCCAACCAGGGACCCCCAUUGAAAUGCAAAGUUCUGAAGCCAUUCCAACUCCACCAACCUGGACCUGCCCCUCAGAAUAUAAACUCCACCUGUAAACAUCACCCCACCCACCAGAACCCAUUUACAGCCUGCUUUAUCAUCUUACUUGCAUUUUCUUUUUCUUUCCCUUAUCGUCUGAUGUCUGUUCUUCUCUUCCCUCCUUCUGCAUCUUCCUGUUUCAAAAACAUCAAACAGUUGAAAUCAGCAAGGACUCAUAACGAUGCUAUCAACUAUGUUAUCGACCAACUGUUCUCUAUCGCUCUCCUACUAAAGCAGUGUCCCUCUGUCAACUAAUUGGAAAUGGCAAUCACUUCUGAUCUUAUGCUCCAACAUCUCUCUCUCCCUCUCCUUCUUUCUUUCUCUCUCUCUCUUCUCACAUUCUUUCCACUGGUUCUUAAAUAGGAAUCUGUAGCCCUCUUAUUGUUCUCUGUCGAGCUUCUAGUGUGAAAAUCUGAAGCCAUCUGAGAGCUGUGGCUGUAAAUAUUUCUCUUUCUCUUAAGACAGAUGAGGUGCUGUGUCCUCCUCUCUCUGUCUCCUUUCGUCCCAGAGUCUCCCACCCAGGCCUUCUGGAAGGUUCCUGAAUAUUUUAGAAGGUUUCUUCAACAGUUAUAGAAUAUCCUGGUAGAUUCUGGUUGACAGAAUUCUUAUACUAGAAGGUGUGAAAGGAAUUUCCGAGGGUUCUGGAGCAUUCUGGAAGGUCUAGUGAGAACCUCAAUGGGUCUAUGCAUGCUCCCCACUGUGGAGGCGAGAAGGUGAUGUUUUUUUAAUUUGGUUGGUAGCUAAUGAAAAGCCAAUGAGCAUAAGAAGCAUUUUAUUUUGUGAUAACGCUGUUGUUUGCUGCCGCUCUGCUUUGUUCUGUCGCUGGAUGGUUGCCACAGUGCUACCAAGAGUCUGUGUAUGUGUGUGUUUGUGUGUACGUCCUUCAGAUAACCUUCAGAGCACCAGCUCCAUAAGUUAUCCAAAAAUUACCCCAAGUUCUUCAAAGACCACCCAUAAUUCAAAAAGACAUCUUUGCUCUAGAGUCAUGAAUCAUUUUAUCCAUUGCUAUGCUAAUUUCAAAAUAUCCUCUGUCUUAAAUCCUUAUUAGAUGACAGUGUGUUAAAAAGUGGCUGUAACCACUUCCAUCCAGGUGUGUGUAUGUAUGCUGUUCUGUGCAGUCCAGGUCCUGACAGACAGUCGGGUUGCCUGACCUGCCCUUUUGAUAGCUCCACUAAAAGCUCUCUCUUGUUAAAAAACAGAGGGCAAGAGAGAAACUCUCUUCUGUUUCCUCAAUGUAACGGUUGGUGCUUUUGCUAACUCGGCUGAGAUGCAUUUGUUGAAGAAAUCAUGCUUAUCAAAGUGGAAGCAGCCACCAUUUUAUUUUGACAGUCUUUUCAAGAAAAUUGCAGCUACAAAUGUUUCCCCCUUCCAGUCCUGCAUCACAGCCACUGUUUGUACAGGACAUACAGCUGCAGUUUUAAAUUGAAAUUUUAGAAAUUGAACUUUUUCUUUCUUUUUCGUCUUUCUUCCUUUCUUCCUUCCUUUCUUUCACCAGUUCUUUCUCUCUUUGCUUUUUCAUCUUGUUUCUUCCACUCUGUAAUGCAGUCAUCCCAUAUAUAUCACUAGAGCCAUCUCUAGCCUUUUAGGGGCCCUAAGCAGGAUGUUUUUGGGGGCCCCAUCUUGCUAGUUGAUGUACUGUAAAAUUAGAGGCUAACUAUUACCACAAGCUGUGUAUUCCUGGUGAUUUGAUGUCCAUUUGGGGUUUUGUAAGUUACAGUUUGAAUUACAGAUAACCUUCUCUGCUUUCUCAAUCCAGGGGUCUGUAUCUUUUUCUUUUCUGGUUUUCGGCUCCAGACAUGUACAACCCUUUUUUGAGACAAAAUUAACUAGUCAAUCUUUCACCUCGCUUGAGCAUCUUAGACAGCACAGUGGAACAGUAAUAACUCGGAAGUUGUUAGACAACCCCCUGGCUGGCCUAAGCCGCUGCCUAUGUUGCUUAUUAGGUAGAGUCAGUGACACUCUACCAUGCAGUCAGAAGGCACAUUAAAGAUGUACUUUCUAUAGUGGUGUUGGAUAGAUAUGCAGAUAGCCCUUCAACAUUCCCUUUAUCUUUCUUUUUUAUUAUUAUUUUCUUUUUCUUCCACAUUAGAGACAUUUAUGUGCUUUUCUUCCCUCUUUGGUCCCCUUUCUUACAGUCAUAUGGUAAUAACUCAUAUGGUAAUAAGCCACAGUACACCUUUUAAUUUAGUACUCUCUGUAGUGGUGGCAGAUGGAUAUGCAGCAGUAAGUCUGGUGACAAGUCAAUCAUAAAGUAGUUCUCUGACUAUUCAGUUUUCUUUCUUUAUCUCUUUCAUUGUUUUUAUUAUUUCUUUCUUUUUUCUGUAUUCACUGUGUUUUUGUUCCACUUCAUCAUACAGUAAUGAGCCACAUUACCACUGUUCAUAUUCUACCCUUUUUUAGUGGUGGCGGAUGGAUAUGCAGCAUUAAGUCUGGUGGCAAGUCGAUCAUUAAGUAGUCCUGUCUGAUUUAAGGGGAUGGGCUUGGAGCUGAAGGGCCGUUAAACGCAGGCCGUAUGAAACAGAUGUGAGCGAACGCAGGGUUUAAUAAAGCCGAUUAGACUUGUCAGAAACACAUGAGCUUAAUCAUGUUCCCCUCUCUGGCCUGUGAUCAGUGAAGAGACAGAUUACAGCUCACUUCAUUACUGAUAGCGGCACUGACUGUCUGAUUAUAUCACUUUAGUUCAGUUCAGGCUGUCUCUCUCUGUCUCACACACACAUUCUGUCUUGUGCACACACAGGUUUUUAUCUCGUUAAUGUGUCAAUUCCUGUCAGCGGUGUUUUGUUUAGUCAGACUGAUGUCCCUGAGAAAUGUAUCCUCAUGUGUAUGAGUGUGUGUGUAAAGAGAAAGAGAGAGAUAAUAAAUGAUGAUGAUGAUGAUGAUGUUGGUGAUGAUGUGGCCUAUGAUCACAGGGACUGGGGGAUGAUGGGUAAUGAAAGUUGUUAGGCACCAUGAAAGGAACCUGAAUCUGAAGUCUCGCUCUCUCUCUCUCUGUUCACUCAUUCCUUGGUUUUACGUCUCUCUCUCACACACAUCUCACUCUUUGUGAGCUGUUUUCUUCUUGAAUUGAUAUGAAGUAACUGUGCUUGUAACAUAUUGCUGAAAUGCUCAAAAACAUGUAAGAUACAUAGAUUUAAAAUAUCUCUCUAAAUGAUAUUUAUGGAUUUCAACAAGCUGUGAUUUUUUUUUCUUUUCUUAAUAAUAACUCACUCUUACUGGACCUUUCAUUACCUAUUUUUGACAACCUAAAGGCCGUUGCACACCAAACAAGAUGUGAAUUAAAAAAAAAAAAGUUAAACAAAAACAUUAAAUAUUCUUGCAGUUUUUUUUUUUUGGUUUUGGUUCACUUUUAGUGGAAAAAUAAAGAAAACAGGCAGAAUAUGUUCAAGGGACAAAGGACCUCAGCUUCACAAACAAUGACCAUAGACAGGUUAUUUUUCCAUUUUGAAAAAGCAAAAAGAACACCAAGACUCUUACCACCUCAUUCAGGAGCUGAAGCCCAAUUAGCCCUUUGAUAUAUAGCUGGAUGUACAUAACUCACUUUGAGCUGAUACUGAAGCACCGCACGUGACGAAACAGAGGGAGGUGGUGGGGGGGCUGGGGGGUUCAGAGGACAUUUUUUCAAACUCUCUCAAGCACACAUACUUCAUUCACAGCUGGCCAAUCAAAACUGAGGAUGUCUUCUCGCCAGUCUCUCAUCCAACAUGUUUUCAAACACCCAUAGUAUUUGAAACCAUGAUUACCACAAUCUGAACAUGAAAACUAGUUUUCUGUUUUUUUAUAUAUAAAUCAUCACUAUUGGAACAAAAACUUGUAUCUCCAACAUGUAAACUUUACAGGAGAAGGAAAAAAUAUAUUUUCUUGUUUUGUAAUAAAGUAGUAAUUUUGGACCAUUUUUGUGUUGGUUCAGUCACUAGGAAAUUUUAACACAGUGCUAAGGGCAACUGGAGUUUUCAAAUAUCGAAAACAGUAAAAACUGGCAAAAAUGGAGAUUUUUGGUCAACAGCAACGUUAGGUCAGUUUUUAAAUGUUUAUCCAGCAUCUCAGUCUUUUGUUUUCUCUCAAAACACUGUCUCAUCCUGCUUCUUUGUAAGUACAAGACAUGUUUAAAAAGUCAUCAUCUGAACGUAACCUUAAUCCCUAAUCAGUCUGAAAGUUCUAAUUGCAGGGAAACACCCAAUCCACAAUCGUGAUGGUUGCCAUGCCAAUACAACAGACAACAAUGAUUGGUCAAGUGAUUUCAAGUUGGCAAAAAUUGAACAGGGGUGAAUAAAAUAACACAUUACAUAACAAUAUAAUAACACCAAAAAGUCACUUUAUGAAAAAUUGCCUUUGUUGUGGGUAAAAUGGGUAAAUUACUUCAUAAAAUAUUUAACAAAAUUAUAUUUGUUUCAGAGGGAAACACUUUUAGCACAAAAUCAAAUUGAUGGCAGAUUCUUUGUGUGUAGAAAGUCAGUAUUCCAAUCAGACUGCACUAAGACCACUGUAAAGAACAGAGGUGGAAAGUCUGGGGCUGCAUUUCUUACUGUGGUAAUGGUGAGCUUGUGUUCAUUGAUGUUAUCAUUUUGAUUUUAGUCAGCUUGUAAACAAUCUGAAACAUACCAGCCAUCUUUUGAUAGAACACUUCACCAAAAAGUAAUCAAUACCACUUGGUUGACAUUUUAUUUCUUCACACAGUGAAAUUAAUCCAUUUGUAAGUAUGGCACAAAUGUCUAAAUACCUUUUUUAGGGACACUUUAUUAUCAAUUACACAUUUUUGAAUUACUUUAUUGACGUCCUCUUGGUGUGUAAAGGUCUUAAGACUCCAACAUUGAUUUACUGAUUGAUGAUCUGAUUGAUGGCCUACACACAAACACAUGUACACACAAAACCACACACAUGGUCCCUGAAUUUGCCCUGUCUGACCUCUAAAUAACUGUAUUAUGGAUGUUAUGGACAUUGUCACUGACUUGUUGACCCUUUCUGAUGGAAACAGUGACCUUUGUUUGGUUCUCUUUGACCCUCUCCUCAAUGCUUUGGUGUCAGAUGCCUGGCCUGCUGUUGUAUAAAGCUUGUUUUGGUUUGCUGUUGUAAAAAGGCUCAGUAAUCACCUCUUUAAAGCACACAGACAACAGUACUACUAACGCUACUGCAGAUACCACUGAUACAAAGAGUACAGUCAAUGGCCAUAUUUGCAAGAGUCUCCUUUGUUAAUUCUCUAUAUUUUUUACUUUGUAAAGAUGAAAAUAAUGAAAACAGAGGGAACAAAUAAUUAAGAAUACUGAUAUGAUGAUGUAAUAUAAUAUGGUAGUGUGGCUUUGUCCAUUUGCAUUGCAGAGAUUGAGUGUAUAAGUCCCCUGUAGUCCUAACUGUAGUGUAGGUCCCCCCUUUCUCUCUCUCUCUCUCUCUCUCUCUCUCUCUAUCUAUCUCUCCCUAUCUCUCUCUCUCUCUCUCUCUCUCUCUCUCUCUCUCUCUCUCUCUCUCUCUCUCUCUCUCUCUCUAUGUACUAGUGUUUUAUGCCUGUCUUCUUUCCUCCCACCCUUUCUCCUCUGCCCUUUCCCUGAUUGAGUCCCACUGGAAUGUUGAUGUUCUGGGCUGAAUUAUUUUCUGAUUGUUCUGUUUCUUGUUUUGGUUUAGUUUUUGGUUCUUUUCUUUUUUAGAGUUUCUUUUUUUCUCUCUCUCUUCUCCUUUUGAAUUUUAUCUGUAAAACGGUUCCAUGGGAAAAUGUUUGUCUGAAUAAAUCUGAAGUCUGUCCUUGUCCA